AUGCGCGACGCUGCUAGUGACGUAAUCGCGGAGUGGUGUAGCCAAGACUGGGCACGAGAUCCUGCCCUGUCCCGUCUAGUACCUGAACUGGGAGAAAUCGAGAAAGAGGUCAAGGAUCUUAGUCCCUCAAAGCUUCGGGAGCGUUUAGAUAGUUUGGUCACCGACUGGAUGGAGCUAGGGCUGUAUGAGGGCCGAGAGCGCAGCAACACUGGCAUACUCAGUCAGUGCAAAACAAUGGCUUCAACGUUCUUACUCGUCGUCAGGUACAUCUUUAAGAAUAUUGAACAUGUCGGGGACGAGAAUCUGGUAACAUGGUAUACAAUCUCCAUGGCAAUAGACAGAUUGGUUAUCGAGUCCCGAUGUCCCGAUUAUGCAGGAAAACGCGAUACGCCAUGGAAUUGGCUGCAGCGGCAGAGAGAGUGGGCAGAGCGUCAACCCGAAGCGUCCAGGUUCCAGCGCUAUUAUGAUGCGAUUAUGCACAACAGAUUUAUUGAAGUGGAAAGCGACUUCGAGGAAGAACUUGAACGGAUAGAAAAUCAGCAACAAAAAUAUCGAGAUGCGGGAAUACAAAUUCUCACCACUGAGGUCACAACACUCGAAAAUCCCGAAACGACCAAGGAUUCACAAAGGACAAGUCAGGUCGACAGUGAAUGGUUUUGGGAACCGGGUUGGUCCUUGGCGAAAGCAACCGAGAGUUGGAAAGCUAAAGGACUGCAGGAUGAACUCAUUAAUGACUUCAAACGGGAUGGAUGGAUAUAUCAGCAGUUUUUGGUCUGCCUUAUCGCCUAUAUAAGCCAACAAGACUUCAAGUCUUCAAGGAGUCCCUUGCUGUUUGCUCGUUGUCAAAUGUGGAAGAAGCCUAUAGAUCAACUCGUUCCUAUUGAAAACCUCGGUUACGACUACGUGUACAGCUUCUUCAACAAUAUCGAUACCCGCGUAACCUACAAACCCUCUAAGCUGCGCAGCAUGGAGUGGACCUGGAGUAAUGGGAAUUGGGCGUGGAACGCGUAUAUUGACAGUAAUGGUAGGAACUCUCUAGUGAAUCCUAAUGCUGUUUUGUUCGAGAAUGGAGCAAAACUACAUGUAGAUAAUCUCGACGACGGGGGUAAGGCUGUCAUUGAGCUUCCUCCUAACGCAACGGUCUAUGAAGUCAUUUGCCAGAUUAACUCUUUCUAUACUAUGGAAAUUGAAGCGCCAAAGGGACUAGACGAAGCAGGUCGCUACUAUAGUCAUCGUUGGGAACGCCAUCCUAUAGAAGUGGGUGGCUUUAAGAAAUAUAGAAGUAGACUAGAUGGGGGGGAAUAUUGGAAAUUAGAGGACGCUUAG